CAAUCAUCUGUCAUUCAACCGUCAACAAUAUGAAUAACACAAUACGUUUAUAAAUCUAUCAAUUUCAGAAGUCUAACAAGUAAAUACGGGAUAUUUUGAUAAAUUAUUGAUUUUUAAGUGAUAUUACUCGUCUUGUACAAUAUUAAAAUGACUCAAUCUUCAUUACCUAAUCCAAACACAUUACUACCACUAGAACUGGUUGAUAAAUGUAUCGGCUCACGAAUUCAUAUUAUCAUGAAAAAUGAUAAAGAAAUUGUGGGAACGCUUCAAGGAUUCGACGAUUUCGUCAAUAUGUUAUUAGACGAUGUUACUGAAUACGAAUCAACACCUGAAGGACGGAAAAUUACGAAACUGGACCAAAUUUUAUUGAAUGGAAACAAUAUUGCUAUGUUAGUACCAGGUGGAGAAAUGCCGGGUGAAUCUUACGAUGGACAGUGAUUACUUAUAAAUAAAAUAUUUUCUUAUUA